AUGUCAGCCACCAGCACUGAAACCUCCGCUCCUCUCCCGCCCUCCGCCGGCCGGGUCUUCUUCCAGGCGGCGCCCGGGGUAGGGUGCGCGGCCAACGGCCACAUGCAGCGGGACGACCCGGUGCAGAAGAAGCAGGGCAAAGUGACGGUGAAGUACGACCGCAAAGAGCUGCGCAAGAGGCUCAUUCUGGAGGAGUGGAUCAUCGAGCAGUUGAGCGAGCUUUACGACUGCGAGGAUGAAGAGAUGCCGGAGGUGGAAAUAGACAUUGAUGAUCUCCUGGAGGUCAACAGUGAAGAUGAAAGAGCUGUAAAGCUACAGGAAUCCCUUACAGACUGCUAUAAGCCCACUGAUGCUUUUGUGCAGGAGCUGCUCGGGAGGAUAAGGGGAAUGAGGAAACUCAACGCGCCGCAAAAGAAAAGCCUUUAAAAUGCUCACAAAAUGCCAACGACAAUCCAAUCCAGCGAAAAAGGACUGCAGGUCCCACAAUCCAUCACUCAGCCUCAACUCAUUAUCUCAGAACACAUCCCUCUGCUUUGGAAAGCUCAAGAUGCAGUCUGGACGACAAAUCCCAGAAUGCAUCUGGUCAGCCAGGACUAUAUUCCACCUACAAACCUCAGUUAGGUCCUAGCAUAGCAACUACUUAGCAUAGGCCACCACAAACCUCAAAGUUUUAAAAGUCCAUAGCAUUAUUUACAUUACAGGCCUAUAACAUUUAUUUACAUUCUUUGUAAGAGUGAGGAACUGCUUGUUAGAUUUAAAAUGAACCCACCAUAACUUAUUUUUUGUCUAUAUUCUGCAUUGUUUUUUUUGUUUUUUUCUUGUUUUUUUUUUUCUGUGAUUAUUGUUAACCACUGGCAUCUGAUUUGAUGUCAGUUGUAUGUCCACUCUUUUUACGGGGCAAGGUUGGGAUCUGGAACACCAGAUUUAAAAGAAUAAGCUCCUCCCCUUUCCUGGAUCAAGGCAUGUUGGGUAAUGUAGUCCCUCACAAAAGGCCUGCUCAGCUGUUCGAAUUAAGGUUUUUAACUCGUCUUCCUAAGAUUUCAGUUCACGAUUCAUUUCACUAGCUGACAUUAGCAUAUCUCUCUUCCGUGUAGUUUGUCACAGAUCACAGACUGUUGUGUAGCUAAAAGCACUUGACUGUGCUUGGGUAGAAGGAAUUUGCCAGUUCAUAGAUCCAAAAAUGGUAGAGUAUUUAGAGCAUAUGGAAGAUAAAGACUGUUAUAUGGUAAUAUCUGAUAUGUAUAGCAAGUGGUAAGUGAUAAGUAGUGAGAAUUUGGAUAUUUUAAAUAUUAUUUAAUUCUACCCUCCCUUUUCUCCUUCAGAUAUGUACGGAGGCUGCCAAAGAGUAAAAUGGUGGUACUUGAUAUAAAGAGCUAUGACUGUAAGUGAACUUGUGUAAAAUAGUCACCCUUUUGAAAUGCCAAUACUAGUCUUCACCUCACUGUUUUCAUACUCAUGGAUCAGAUUUUGUGUCGAGAAGAUUAUAUAAAUCGUUUAAUAACAAGGAAACCAGGAGAAAAAAAAACUAAAACUAUGGUGCUGUUACUGUUCUAUCCCUGUUUAAUUCUUCAGUGCAGUGGCUGGUGAGUUUAGUCUUUAGGUCAUCAAAGAGAGAGUGAGAUGUCCUGCUAAAGCGAUAGUUUGGCAAAAUGUCAUGUUUUCCCAUUACCCCAAAUGAGAUCAGCCAAGAUGCACGAAGUUUACUUCUUUAGCUUUGUCGAUAGGCUCUAUUUAAA